GUAAGACAGUAAAUCUAACGCUUCUGAAGGCUUAUCUUUAAAUAAAAGUAAAAGACAUUUACUAUAAGACCUCAGUUUAAAUUGUUUUACGUUUCGAGGGAAAAAUUUGAAUUGAUUAAUUCCCCAGUGAUUUAAAAAUGGGGACGUCAAACACGAAAUUCACAGUCGGCGAAGACUGCUACCCAAGGUAUAUCUUUAUGAAAAAUCAAGUAAAUGAUCUCUUGAAACGAGAUAGAAAAUUAUGGGAGAAGCUAGGAGAUCUUUCCAGAUCAGACUCUCUUAUAAACAACGAAGGGGACGACACAAUUAUUGUUCAUGUGUUCCAGUCCAGCUUUAAACAAGUGAUAGACGAACAGGACAUUUUGAUAUGUAAGGGCAGUUGCAAACGAACGAAAGCAGAAUUAAAUGACGAAUACUUGGAAAGCCGGAUAGAAAAACACAGGCACUAUUCCCUGCCUAGAACGGCAUAUAUACUCCUACAACAAACCAUCGGUCAAACCGAAUUCACCAGAAGGAUUGCAGUAGCGCAGAACAAAGCUGACAGAGAUGCUCUUUCAAAAAGGUUGAAAAGAAAAGAUUUUACUGUUUGUUUAAAGGAAUCUAUAAGUGAGGAAAUUUGUAAACUUCUUGAGCGAAAUGUGUUUCACAGGUUGAAAAAACGAUGUGAAUACAUUAGUUCUCGUUUGAAAGAUGCUGCCUUAGGUGACUAUGAAAAGCCAGCGGAGCGCCUUGUGUAUGACAUGGUUGGCUUAUACAACAGAAGUCACGUGCCAGAACACGAACGACCAGAGCUGGCAUUACAGGAAAAGAACAAAAUAAGCGCCAAAUUACUUCAAGACUUCAGAAAAGUCAGUAAGAAGAUAAGCUGGUGUGGCUAUUACGAUAGCACCUUAUAUGUGUUUGUGGAUGAAGGAACACCGUCGAUGAUACUUUGUGAGGACAUUGAAGAAGUGUUAAGAAAACAUAAAAUAAGUAAAUACAAGGUCGAGUCAUCACUAAUCAAACCGUUUGCGUCAUGCCCAUCAGGUUCAAAAGCCGAAAUUUAUCCAGACAAAAACGACAAACAAACAAAAUGUUUUGGCACAGUGGCAGGAUAUGUACGCUCUGAUACUCAGAAACAUUUGUACGCAUUGAUUCCAAGACAUCUAAGCGUACAAAGUGAUGAUGGAAAAGUUUAUAUUUCAAAGGGUAAAUGUUCUUUAACAGGUGAAACUAUGGUACACAAAAGCAAGAACAUUGCACCGAAGGGAGAACAAAGGUCACAAGCCGAAGAAACAAUGGGAAGGAUCCUUGACGUUGCAGCGGCUAGUAUUGACAGAAAUCAAGAAAAGAAAUGCGAUUUUAGCUAUAAAACGGAAGACAAUGACCCAGUGCCAGGUAAACUAUGUGAGUAUAAGCCAUACCAGCUUCAAGGUCUUUUUGUCCAUACAUGGGGUGCAUCAUCUACACCUGGUUUAGGUAGAGUUGCUAUUCCCGAGCUGAAGUCUGUACAUGUGCCUCGGGAUGAUGGUAGUUAUAUAGCAGUUGCUGACAGAGAUGUGGAAAGUGAUGAUAACUCCCUUGCCACGACAACAACACCAUUUUGCAAAGAGGGUGACAGCGGAUCAAUGGUGUUGACACAUGAUCCGGAUACAAAUGGCAAAAAGGUCCAGUUGAUAUCGAUGGUUAUUGGGAAAAAUCUGGGCCAAGAUCGUCUGUAUACAACGGUGAAGUUGAAAGACGGGCUUGCCCAGAUUGAAACAGAAAUUGGAGAAAAAGUAUCAUUGUGUUGACAGUAAAAUAGUUAGAAACAGUGAAUAUUAUUAAAAAGAACUUGUCAAAGCAGGGGCUAGAUGAAAUGUUGAGUAUAUGUGACAGAUAUUCGAAACGGUGGCGCUUUUGUUAUAAUGCCAGCAAGUGUGCAGUUAUUGUCUUUAAUGAAAAUACUAAUUCUGUUACGGCUAGACGUGUGAUGCUCGGAAGUGAACAAAUUCCAGAAGCUGAAGACUAUACUCAUCUCGGUCUUAUAUGCGACAAAUUCAUUUCAACAAAAACAUCUAUUAACCAGGCAUGUGUGAAGAUUAGAGGAUUCUACUUAAGUGUUUCAAAUGAUGGAGUUAAUACACUAUCCGUAAACCCUAUCAAAAUGUACAAAUCUUUUCACUUUAAGAACCAUAUAUAAUUCAGUCGUCCUACCAAAGGCUCUAUAUGGAUGCGAACUGUGGAAUACGUAUUCAGUAACUGACAUGUUAUCUUUGGAGAGAGCUCACAGAUUUUGUGUGAAAUCAAUGCAACGACUUAGACCAAAUACUAAUUCUGAAUUUUGCUUAAGUGCCAUAAACUUGAACCCUAUUGAGACUAUUGUUGAUUAUAAAAAGCUCCAGUUUCUCGGUCUACUGUGCAAUCUCCCGAGCAGGUAUUUAGCUAAACAGAUUUUCAUGCAAAGACUGAUAAGAUUUGUACAUUUUGAUACACAAAGACACGGUUUCAUCCCAGAGGCAUACAGACUUCUCCAAAAGUAUGGCUUAGGGAGUUUCCUGGAAGAAUAUAUGAGAUCAUCUUGUUUCCCUUCUAAAUACUCUUGGAAAACUAUUUUGAAAAAUGCUGUAUUGAGAUUUGAAACUGCUAAACGAGUCACGCAUAUCCAGGACAGUAUUUCUGAUAUUACUUGGUUGAUAAUGUUUGAACGCCCGUGUAUGUUGUGGUUGAUUGCUAAAAGGAAUCCUAAGUUAUUGUUUAUGUGUACCUUUCUUAUGGACUUAAUUGGAAAAUACUUCUCUAGAUCGUUUCCUCAGAAAUGUCACAAGUGUGGAUAUCUAACAGAAGACCUCACAGUACAUUUAAUUUGCUACUGUGUAAAGAACUUGGAACUCUGGGAUACUGUCAUAACGCAACACGGUGUCGCAAAAUUUGCACAAACAUUUUCAUUGCGUCCUAAGGAACAAUGCUGGUUUUAUAUCAAAAUGUCCGCUGAAUCAGACGGGUACAGCUUAAAGUAUUAUAAUGCUGCCAAACUCCUGUUACGUAUGAUGAAAUAGACAUUUAAAUUUGAUAAAUUAUUUUAUACAUGGUUGCUUAAGGAACUGUAUUAACGAUUGCUUUAUUGUGGGAACGACUGUUCAUCGCGUAUCAAAGGUCGUAUAAUUUAGUAUACUUACAAUGCUAGUCCUCCAUAUGAACAAAAAAAAAACAUUUUAAGAACAUGCAGUAAAGUAUAAUUAUGUAAAAGACUUUUCCAUAUUCUUACUUUUUCGUUUCGAGUGAAGAUUUUGGUAAAAGUCUUAGUUCAUUGUUGUUGUUUUAUUUCCUUUUUUCUCAGUGUAAACAGUAUAAAAUUACAUCUCUCGGUCAAUCAAAUUUUGACUUGACUUUCGGUUUCGUUCCAAGUCUCAGAUAGAUUGGCUAGUGAAUAAUUACUGUAUGUAUUGCUGUGAAUACUUGUAAGUAAUAUUGUAUCAGUUUUUGUAAGUAAUAUUGUAUCAUAUAGAGUAUCAAAUUACUGUAUCGACUCUAGUAUGUAAAGGCAGGUGUGAUAGGAUACCUCUAAUGUAUUCUUACGCUAGAUGUGUCUGACAUGAUCUUAGUUUACUUGUCUUCUGAAACAAAAAUCAUAUGUAAGUAUAAUGUCAAAAAUAUAACUUUAACUCGACAUUUUUUACAUACGUGUUAGGUCACUUUACAUACGUGUUAGGUCACUUGGUCAUUAAUGGUAUUUUAAACAUCUUAUUGUGAUGUAGCAUUCUAUAAUAGUAUUAAUGGUGAUUGUCAUAUCAUGUCUUAAUGUAUUUGUUGUUCUGUGUCUGUACAUAUAUGAUCAUAUUUGUUUCAUAUACAUAUGUUGUGCUCUUCAGUAUUGGAGGAAUUAAAAGUUAUCUAUCA